UACUACUAAUAAUAACCGGUACUGAUGAUGACAUCAAGUAGAAAUGCGAGCGUGCAUGUUGUUUGCCUGAGGACUGGCGAGACAUUGUGUGCUUGACGGGUUGUACUUUUUACAACAUGUCCCCACCCACCCCCCUACUGAAUCAAAGGCAAACCACAUCCAAGCUAGUCCAUUGUUGUAUUCUGGAUGGGCAAAAAAUGUGAGCGCAUGGGGUAACGUGAUUGUUAGAGACGAUGAAGUGCAAGAAGCAUGCAAGUGUUUUCAUUUGAGUUCGACCCCCGUAAAAUGGCCUUUAGAAGGGAUCAAUCUGUUGCGUAAACGCCGCUGCAGCCACCUGUGUUGCAUAUUGACGAUGGUGCAACAGGCCCGCCAGUAUGGAAAUAUAAUGCCAUUCAAGCGCGUCAUGAAUCCACGGACAGAUCAGCGUUAAGUGCCUGGACGCUCCUCGCCGUGAUGUCCCCACCUGCACGAGAAAACAAAACAAAACAAAACAAAACAAAACGGCCCAACGCAGCAAGCAGGCCUGAGCAUUUUUCUAAAGUUAUGGAGUUGUUCUUGGACUGCUUGGCCACCCCGACAGGCUUGCAGCCACUUUCCGAAGGCAUCUUUUAUGUUACUGUGUGUAAAUGUCAGUGUCAAUAACGCUGCGGAUAAAAUGUAAUGUGGAGGAAGUGUUACAGGAGAUGACCAUGGUCCUGCAGUGCAAGAAAGCCACACAACAACUACGACAAGAGGAAUGAUGAUGAUGACAAUCCCUUACCUGCCCGAGUGCACGAUAGGAGGACGUGCAGAGAGGGGGACUAAGACCGCCUUGGCGUAAACAUCAACACAAUCAACAAAGGCACAACGUCUUCGGUGUCUCGUAACGAAUGAAUGCAUAUGUGGCGGUCCUGAUUUGAGUGGUUGUGUAUGAAAAUGAUUCGUUCGAACCCCCCACCCCACAUACACGCGCUGGCAGGCACGCACGCACGCACGCACGCACACAGGCAGGCAGGCAGGCAGGCAGGCACGCACGCACGCACGCACGCACGCACGCCCCAACCCCCUGGAUGUAACGAGCCCAACCACUCCUACACAUGCAACUCUUCCAAAUUGAUAUAUGACAAUAUCUACUUUCGAUCACGUGUCCGCCAGGCGACUUAGACGGAUUGCGCGUCAUCUCGCCUUCCCCAAAAAAUUCUCUGGUGCGGCAGCGCGUAUCCAAAACAUCUUUAUCGACGGAGCCCGAAAGAUGUUUAACUCUGUGAACCUGGGCAACUUCUGCUCCCAGACGCGCAAGGACCGGACAUCCGAGUUUGGGGACAGGGCGGGCUGCGCGUCCAACCUCUACCUGCCCAGCUGCACGUAUUACGUGCCCGAGUUCUCCGCCGUGUCGUCCUUCCUGCCGCAGGCCCCGUCCCGCCAGAUCAGCUAUCCGUACUCCAGCAACCUCCCGCAAGUACCGCCGGUCCGGGACGUGUCCUACGGUCUAGAGCCGACCGGCAAAUGGCACCACCGCAGCAACUACGCGUCGUGCUACUCGUCCGGAGAGGAGCUGGUGCAUAGGGACUGCCUGCCGCCUUCCACCAUGACCGAAAUGCUCAUGAAGAACGAGAGUGCGUACGGCCACCACCACGCACACCACGCACACCACGCACACCACCACCACCACCACCACCACCCGGGCUCCAAUCACCCCUCUGCAGGCUUCUACCCCGGCGUGGCCAAGAACAAUGUGCUCCCGCAGGGCUUCGACCGCUUCUUCGAGACGGCGUACUGCAGCGGCACGGACACUCAGACGGACGCUUUUUUGCAAAAGGUCGAGGGGGGGAAGCUGCCUGGCAGCGGCGGCGGCGGCGGCGGCACAGACGCGAGCGACCCCCGGCAGCAACAGCAGCAGGAGCAGCAGCCCGCCUCGGCGACAGGCUCGCUUCCGGCAGCCUCCGAGCAGGACAAAGACGCGGACGACGACGACGACGACGACAACGUCGCCGCCGAGGAGGAGCACACCAAUUCGAGCUCUUGCGCGUCGGCCGCUAAGGAAGCCAGCGGCGGCUCCAAAAGCAGCCACUCCAGUACCCCGCGCACAAGGAAGAAGAGGUGUCCCUAUUCGAAGUUCCAAAUCCGAGAACUGGAGCGAGAGUUCUUCUUUAAUGUUUACAUUAACAAGGAGAAACGUCUACAGCUCUCCCGCAUGUUAAACCUCACCGAUCGCCAGGUGAAAAUUUGGUUUCAGAACAGACGAAUGAAGGAGAAGAAGCUGAGCAGGGAUCGCCUGCAAUAUUUCUCCGGGAAUCCCUUGUUGUGAGCCGCUAGCGGGGCCGGCCAGCAGCGGCGGCGGCGGCGGCGGCUACGGUCACAGUCUCGGUCAGUUGCAUCGAGUCCUCGAGCUUCUGCACUCACGUCAAACAGUUGUGAACGCGGGACUUCCAAACAAUCCUCGACUCUGAGCGGGCGCCUACACGACGUAUCACCAAGAGUGCAAUGUGGACUCUUUUUAGGCCUGCAUGAGGUAAAAAUGUUGCCAUUUUCUUAUUGCGCACGGGUGGCGGUUAUUUCUAGCUGGUUCUCAGAAAAAAGGCCGAAUUAAAAAAAAAUCAACUAUGCUGUUCUUGAAUAUUUCUCAUUUCUAUUUAGUCAAAAUGUCCACGUAGACUUAUUUGUUUACAAAUAUCUCUCUCUAUAUAUGUUCGUAGUUUGAAUGCUGUUGCUUCACCCCUCCGGUCCAUGUACAUAUAGCAACAUUUCAUUCGAGAAUUAUUUCUCGGCCAGUGAAUAUCUAAAGCUAAUCCUUUCAAGAUGCGAUGACAAACGUGACGUCCAAUCUAUGAGAUGACACACACACACACUCACACACACGCCCAAGAGCUCAUGCGAAUGCACUUGUAAAUAAGGUUGAAAGACUCGCCAUGUCCCUGCUGCUAUUCUUCACUACACUUUCACCUUUCACAUCUUUAAUACCAACACUCUUUAAAUUAUUGGUCCUUUGGAUUCCAUCGAGGGGGACACAUUGUUGUGUAUCACUAAUCUAAAAUAAACUCCAAGCAAAUAGGAAAAAGAUGA